CCCUCUCUCUAAACCUACCCUCUCUCUUUCUCUCUCGUUCUCUCUGUCUCUCGCUCCAUUCAUUCCUUUCUCCUCCACUAAGUUAAUUCCGGAGAGAACAUUUACAUUUGAUUAUACUCGACAUAUACAUACACGGAUUUGUGUGUAUAGUCAGGGUUUUAAGUAGAGUUGUGGGUGUUUAUAAUGUUAUAAGAGAUCUGUGGCGAUUGUGAAUUGAAAUGACGAGUACCGAGGUUUUAAGUAAAGGAGCUAAUAAUCCACGUGGAGCGAGCUUGUAUAAUGAUCGAAACGACGUCGGAGCUGCUCCGGCGAAUUCCGGCGGCGGAAAAGGUGUAGUUGAUGCUGAUACAGCUUUGUAUACGGAGUUAUGGAAGGCUUGUGCUGGUCCGCUUGUUACUGUGCCUCGUCAACAUGAGCUCGUGUAUUAUUUCCCUCAAGGUCACAUUGAACAGGUGGAAGCUUCGACUAAUCAGGUGGCAGAACAGCAGAUGCCGAUGUAUAAUCUUCCCUCCAAGAUAUUGUGUAGAGUUGUUAAUGUUAACUUAAAGGCUGAGCCGGACACGGAUGAGGUGUUUGCACAAGUGACUUUAAUGCCUGAACCAAAUCAAGAUGAGAAUACUGCGAGGAAGGAUCCCGUGCCUCCACCCCAGCCUCAUUUUAAUGUACAUUCCUUUUGCAAGACCCUCACCGCAUCUGAUACAAGCACUCACGGAGGGUUCUCAGUGUUGAGACGGCAUGCUGAUGAAUGCUUACCCCCAUUGGACAUGACACGACAACCCCCAACACAAGAGUUAGUGGCGAAAGAUCUACACGGGAAUGAGUGGCGUUUUAGACAUAUAUUUCGGGGACAACCAAGGAGACACUUGCUUCAGAGUGGGUGGAGUGUCUUUGUUAGCUCAAAAAGGCUGGUUGCUGGGGAUGCUUUCAUUUUCCUUAGGGGUGAGAAUGGAGACCUUCGUGUUGGUGUAAGGCGUGCUCUAAGACAGCAGACUAAUGUACCAUCAUCAGUCAUAUCAAGUCAUAGCAUGCAUCUCGGGGUCCUUGCAACAGCUUGGCAUGCAAUCCAGACGGGAACAAUGUUUACAGUCUAUUACAAACCCAGGACCAGCCCUUCAGAGUUUAUUGUUCCUUAUGAUCAAUAUAUGGAGUCCGUUAAAAGCAAUUAUUCAAUUGGAAUGAGAUUUAAAAUGAGAUUUGAAGGAGAAGAAGCUCCGGAGCAGAGAUUUACUGGAACCAUAGUUGGAACUGAAGAGGCUGAUCCCAAAAGCUGGCCGGGAUCUAUGUGGAGAUUUCUCAAAGUGCGAUGGGAUGAAACUUCCAGUAUUCCUCGACCUGACACAGUAUCUCCUUGGAAAAUUGAGCCUGCUCUUUCCCCUCCAGCACUAAAUCCACUACCAGUGCCAAGACAAAAAAGACCUCGAUCAAACUUGCUGCCUUAUUCUCCAGACUCAUCUGUUCUCACAAGGGAAGGCUCAUCAAAAGUAGCCACAGAUCCUUUGCCUUCAAUUGGGUUCUCAAGGGUUUUGCAAGUUCAAGAAAUAUCGACCUUGGGGGGCAAUUUUGCUGAGAGUAUUGAGUCGGAUUUAUCUGAUAAGCCAGUGGUAUGGCCACGGUCCACAGAUGAUGAGAAGACUGAUGUCCCUACUUCACAAAGAUAUAGGUCUGAAAAAUGGUCACCUUUAGGCAGGGGUGAAUCGUCCUUCACUGAUCUGCUAUCAGGUUUUGGAAGUCAAACCAAUUCCUCCCACGAUCUGGUUGUUCCUUCUAGUGUUCAAACGACAGCUACUGCAAACUCAAAAAAACUUCAAUUGCAUGAGGAAGAAGGCAAUUUUAAUUCAGUUUCAAGUCGCUGGCCGAUGAUGUCAUCCAAUCUUUCACUGAACCUAGGUUCUGGCUCUAAUGGCCAUAUGCAAGGUAGUGAUGCUUAUCAGACACGGCGGGACACUAGAUAUGGUAACUAUAACAAUUGUCUCGUGCAACCAGGCCAUAUGGGUGACCAAAAUCAAGGGUUGAUGCCUCCACCGCAUUCAUAUUAUCAUUCGAUGCCUGUUCAUUCAAGAGAGGCGAUGCCAAGAUCCUCACCGACGGGGCAAGAGGCAAAUAAGCCGAAAGACAGAAAUUGUAAGCUCUUUGGUAUACCUCUAGUGAGCAGUACUGUUACCACGGAGACUGUAGCGGCACAGAGAAAUACUAUGAUAGAGGCAGCAGGGGAUAUGCAUUUAGGCUUGCAACCACAUCGCUCACCUAUCUUUGAAUCGGAUAAAUGGUCUGAACAUUUGAAGGGUUCGAAAGUGGCAAUUAACUCAAUUGCCCAUGAUGAACAGGAGAAAUCUCUUCCCUCCUGUCAGCCAACAGUCAAAGAUGGUCAAAGCAAAGUCCCUGGAGGUUCAACAAGGAGCUGUACUAAGGUACAUAAGCAGGGCAUUGCCCUUGGUCGAUCUGUGGACCUUGCGAAGUUUGACAACUAUGAUGAGCUAAUUGCUGAAUUGGACCAGCUUUUCGAGUUUGAUGGAGAACUGAAGGCUCGCAAAAAAAGUUGGUUGGUAGUCUAUACUGAUGAUGAGGGUGAUAUGAUGCUUGUUGGAGAUGAUCCAUGGCAGGAAUUUUGUGGUAUGGUCCGUAAAAUAUACAUUUAUACCAGAGAGGAGAUCCAGCGAAUGAAUCCAGGAGCCCUGAAUCCCAAAGGUGAGGAAAGUUCUUCAGUGGCCGCAGAAGGAGUAGAUGCAACAGAAGUCAAGAAUUUACUCCCUUCAUUUAAUUAUGAAGAUUCGGAUGUUUAAGUCCAUAUAUAGGUGGUGUCGGGUUUAGAAAGAUUCUCCAUCAGCUAUUGGAGUCUGGAGAUUGAGAUCUGCAGUGCAUGGAAAGCUUUUGGUUGGAUGAUUUCCCGUGGAGCAGGCGAAAGUUUUGGUGCUUCACAAUUUUGGAAGGUUUUUGAAGCUACUAUUAUAUGGGUUCGUUUGAUAUAUAACCACUAAUGGUUGUUUCUUGUGUACCAUUAUUUGAAGUAAAGCAAUCUGAUAACUGCCUUGUGCCCUUCUCAUGCUCACCCUUGUACAGCCUCCCUACUAUGCAUGUAAGUAAGAAGAUAUUAGUUGCGUUAAUGGAUACUUGAGUAGAGCUUGUAUAUAUAUAUAAUACAUACUUUCAUAUUUGGCAGUACUUGUAAGGGAGAUCUGUAGCUUAAUUGCAGUACUAGUGUCGAAGGGCCCAUUUUCUUCACUGGAGUUCUUACUCCUGAACAUUCUUUUGUUCAACCUGUUAUGUAUUGCUUUAGCAGAAUCUUGUACUGGAAGUGGAAGAAGAAGGAUCUGAAUUGGAAAAAAAAAUUAUAUUAGUUGAUGUUUUUAUGA